AUGCAGUCUGCUCUCACAUACAAUCACACACAUGCCGGCUCGGGGAGAGCAUGCAGGGGGUGGAACCAUCCAGAGAGAAUCAUAACUAUAUAUAAAACACGAGUAUCAGAGAAACCUCAGAAAACCAGCACAUUUAAAAUGUCUCUCUCCGCCAUCACCUUCUCUGUCCUUCUGCGCCGCUCAUUCUCCUCAGUUAGCAGGAGCGCAGGCAUGAGUUCGGGCCGGUGUGUGUGUGCAUGUGCGUCAGUACUACCCGGGGUCCGCUGGUAUGCCGCGGCCGCUGCUGCUCAUUUAGAUGCCGAUGGAAGCGGCCGGCCAGCCACAUGGGACUCAUUUGGGAUUUGGGACAACCGUAUUGAAGCGCCCAUUCUGUUACCACCCAGCAUACGCUACGGUAAACCGAUCCCACGCAUAAGCCUAGAACAUGUGGGCUCGGCCUCGCAGAUUGGUCGUCGUCAUUACAACGAGGAUCGACUGCGUGUAGCUGAGCUCACGCCCUCCACCCUUUAUUUCGCUCUGUUUGACGGACAUGGGGGCUCUCAAGCUGCAGACUUCUGCUACACACACAUGGAGCGCUACAUUAGGAAGGGUCUGGAGAAAGAGUGGGAUCUAGAACAGGUGUUAACAAAAGCCUUCCUACAGGUAGACGCUGCCCUGGCCUCCGAGUUCCAGAUGUAUGGUAACGCCUCUUUGAUGACGGUGGGCACAACAGCGACGGUGGCUUUGCUAAGAGACGGGAUAGAGCUGGUCGUUGGGAGUGUCGGAGACAGUCGGGCCAUUCUGUGCAGGAAGGGUGAAGCAUACACACUCACUAGCGACCAUACGCCUGAGAGAAAGGAUGAAAAACAGAGAAUACGCAACAGUGGAGGUUUCGUAACAUGGAACAGUUUGGGUCAAGCCAACGUGAACAGCCGUCUGGCGAUGACACGCAGCAUCGGAGAUUUCGACUUGAAGCAAAGCGGCGUUAUCGCGGAACCCGAGAUCACUCGCAUUACAUUGCAGCAUUCUCAUGACUCCUUUCUGGCCCUGACCACCGAUGGCAUUAACUUCAUCAUGAGCAACCAGGAAAUCUGUGAUGUCAUCAACCAGUGCCACGAUCCCGCAGAGGCUGCCCACAUCAUCGCGGAGCAGGCUCUGCAGUACGGCUCUGACGACAACAGCACGAUCAUCGUGGUUCCAUUCGGAUCGUGGGGCAGGCAGCAGAUUUCCCACCACAGCUACUCCAUGAGCCGAAACUUUGCCUGCAGCGGACGGUGGGCCUGAAAAGUCAUGACCAUUAAAGCUGGAAUGUGUGAAUGUGUUGUGUAACAUACAUGUGUAACACCGUAGCUUUAACGCUACAUACUGUAUCAAAUUGUUUUCGAAAAAUAUUUUAUCACAGAUGAUAAUUGAUGUGUAUCGUUGAGUAUAUUUGAGUAUGGUAUUUUUGUACCUAGUGAUACAGUAUUUCCCCCUUGUACAGCAUAUACAAUAUUUUUAUUAAAAAAAUUGCUAAAUUAGCAAUUUGAGCAGUAUUUUUUGACUGAUACUAAAAUGGCGCAUUCCAGAUAAGUGUCUUUUGCAGCGCAAAAACCCUCUAAAUAAUAAAAUGUCCAUUCACCCAAUAAAAACUUUCACUUUUUUCCCUACUGAGACAAACAAAAAAAAUAUUAAAAUGUGAAAAUGCUUAUAUAACAUUGUUUUGAAUCCUUAAAGACUAUCUAUGAUGCAAAAGAAAUAAAUAUUCUUUGCUUG